AUGGCGUCUUUCUCGGCGGGCUACGCUGCGUUGAGUCUGAGCGCUUUGCUGCUGCUAUUUUUUGGUCUGUCUUCGCUGCCGGCGUUUUCGCCGACGUGGUGGCUGCCUGCUGCUACGGGGGGCCGCGCAGCAGCAGCGGCAGCAGCAGCAGCAGCAGCAGAGGAGCCCGGGCGCGUGUCCCUGGCCUACAGCAAAACUUGGCCCGAAAGAAACCCCACAGAAACUUAUGACUUUUACUCUCGAGUUUCUUUAUGCCGUUCUUUUCCCUUGACUUAUUUUUCUUUGUCUUUGGGAGAAGCUUUGCGGGGGCAGCGCUUAGUUGCUGCUCCUUAUCUUCUCAAAAUCCCCAGCUGCAGCGAAUUCGCUGCUGCUGCUGCUGCUGCUGCUGCAACUGCUGCAGCGGCGGCUCCUGCUGCGCCGCCCCCUUCCGCUGCGCUGGGGACGCCGGAAACCGGCACGGACGCCCGCAGCAACGACAGCAGCAGCUACAGCAGCAGCAGCAGCAACAGCAGCAGCAGCAGCAGCAACGGGGAGCCGCCGUCGACUUCUGCGCUGCAAAAUGGGGAGCCGCCUGGGGCUAUUUCCCCGCAGCAGCAGCAGCAGGAGCAGCAGCAGGAGCCUGACAGAGCAGCAGCAGAAGCAGCAGCAGCAGCAGCAGCAGCAAUUCGACAGGGCCCGUUUGAACUAUGCCGCAUGCAGCUAACAGAAGCAGCACUUGAAGACUUGAGAGUUUUAAUUGAUAAUAACUUUUUGGUGGAAAUGUAUGCAGAUGGAAUUCCCCUGUUUUACCCCGUGGGCCUCAGAGGCUACGAGACUGUGCAGCCGCAGCAGCAGCAGCAGCAGCAGCCGCAGCAGCAGCCGCAGCAGCAGCAGCAGCAGCAGCAGCAGCAGCCGCUGCAACAGCAGCAGGAGGUGGACUCGUUGUCGCUACCGCAGCUGCGCGUGACUCACAAACUUACAACAAAUCUGCACUUCAUUUUUGCUGUUAAUGAAGGUGCUGUUGUUGCUGCUGCUGCUGCUCCGGGCUUUUCCCCAGAUGGCUCUGUCCCGCCUUACACAGACAUCACUGACUCCCUCGAGACAGGGACUCGCGAGCUGGUGUUUACGUACAGCGCAGAAUGGCACAACCGGCCUGACAUUCCGACUCACCUUCGGCUGUACGGACAGCUGGCUUCUCCGUUCUUUUCGGGUGCAGCAGCAGCAGCAGCAGCUGCUGCUGCUGCUGCUGCAGCAGGACGCCGCAGAAAUGAAGUCGAUGUCCACUGGCUAGCCCUCGCCAACUCUUUUCUUUUUGUUGUUGUUGCUUUGUGUCUCCUCAUGUUUAUUCUCAUUCGCAUGCUGCGAGCGGAUUUCGCCAGGUACACUUUUGCUGCUGCUGCUGCUGCUGCUUCUGCCGCUGCAGUUGCUGUUGCAGUUGCUGCGGUCUGCAGCGCUGCUGCCGCACUGCACCGCUGCUGCACUGCUGCUGUUUUGCUGCUGCAAGCGACUUCCGGGUGCUGCAAUAGUGGCUGCUGGAACAGCUGCUGCAUCACUUGCUGCUGCUGCUGCUGCUGCUGCAGGAUGCUGCUGCCGCAAGACGAGGAAAUGGCGAGUAUUGCUGCAGAUGAGACAGGUUGGAAGCUGCUGCAUGCAGAUGUCUUUCGGCCUCCGCCGCAGCGCAACAUUUUGUGUGUCUUCUUGGGCAGCGGUUUGCAGCUGCUGCUGGUGUCUUUUCUUUCUUUUGCUGCUGCUUCUUUUGCUGCUCUUUUCCCUCGAGCCUCUUUUCUUUCCUUCAUGCUCGUCGGCUACCUCCUCACCUCCUUUGUUUGCGGGUUCGUAAGUGUUAACUUGUACACGAAGCUGGGAGGAAACCGUUGGGCCUGGAACAUCGUCUCCGCCUGCGCCAUCUUCAUGUUCCCCGCCUUCUUCGUGUGUUUGACUUUAAAUGUGGUUUCGGCUUUAACGGGAUCCACAGCAGCACUUCCUCUCAGCAGCGCCUUUGCCCUUCUCGCCUGCUUCUUCUUCGUAACAGUCCCGCUGACCAUUUUUGGAGGCAUUUGGGGCCGCCGCAGAGCCCUGAAGCAGCUGUCCACGGGCAGAGCUUUUCCCUGCAGACCUGGCGGCGCCAACCCCCUGUUGUCUUUGCUGCUGCUGAAUCUCUUGUUUUUUCUUUUCUAA